GUGCCCGGCGCGCGCCUCCCGCCGCCGCACUUUCACUCUCCGCCGCCGCGUUCGCUCCGAGUCCCGCCUGCGUCCGCCCGCCGUCCGCCGGUGCCAUGGAUGCCAAGGUCGUCGCCGUGCUGGCCCUCGUGCUGGCUGCGCUCUGCCUCAGCGACGGGAAACCGGUCAGCCUGAGCUACAGAUGUCCUUGCCGAUUCUUCGAGAGCCACGUUGCCAGAGCCAACGUCAAGCAUCUCAAAAUCCUCAACACUCCCAACUGUGCCCUUCAGAUCGUGGCGAGGCUGAAGAACAACAAUAGACAAGUGUGCAUUGACCCGAAAUUGAAGUGGAUUCAGGAAUACCUGGAGAAAGCUUUAAACAAGGGGCGCAGAGAAGAAAAAAUGGGGAAAAGAGAAAAGAUAGGAAAAAAGAAGCGACAGAAGAAGAGAAAGGCUGCCCAGAAAAGGAAAAACUAGUUCUCUGCCACUUCGAGAUGGACCGCAGUGCGCGCUGCUCUUGUCUCUCCGGCGCUUUGUAAAUUUGCUCUAACCCUCCUCCAGGGCACACGCCUUGCCUUCCGUGCAGGUGCUCAGACCUUCCUCGGGGGAGCGGCGCUCCUCUGGCCACACUGGCUCCCGUGUUUAGGCGCUUUUUAAGGCCCUUCCUGGUCUGCUAAGUUAUGAAGAAAGUAGUUGUGCCGAGACUGGGGUUGUGGUCUGGGAUGAGGACACUAUGCUCAGGACUGUCUCGAGCGGCCCGGGGUCUCCGGCCUUGCCCUGGGCCGCUGAACCCCCACCCGGCCCUCCACUCCCUCUCCCAGAAGGGCCGGUUCACCGGCACACCGGCUCACACACUCACAGCGUGACUUCCUGCUGAGGCCAGAGUGCAGGCCUGGCCCGCACAGGGCCAUCUGCUAGCACAGCAGCGGCGCCUCGGCCGGCGAGGGCCUUCUGCCCUCCCCCUGACCACGGCGGGUGCUGCCCGGCACAGCCUUCGUGGGGCCCAGCUAGCUAUGGCCGUGCCUUUUACAGGUGGUAACUGACUCUUUCCCAAGGGGCCGUCCACCCCUCUGCCACCUGGGGUGGGACUUCUCCAGCACCCCUGUCCUAGGCCUGGGGCUGUGAGAGCGGCUUUACCUCCGAGCAGAGCUGGUUUCCGGACACCGAGGGGGUAGCAGCUCCACAUUCCCGGGGAGCAGCUGUGGAAAACACUUCUCAGGGAGCCUCUUGUCCGGGCAGUUCACUUUAUAGAUUCUUUAAACGGGUCCCCGAUGUGGAGGAACUGUGUGAAGGGCCUGUCCCCACCCACCUGCUGGGACAGUCUCUGUGACCUUGUGCGAUUAGGUUCCGGGACGCAGCUGCCUCAGUCCUCACUCAUGGGAAAUAUGUGCUUAAAGUGAACAUGGUGCUCUAGAAAGCUCUAGAACCUUCCUCCUACCACCCACAGAUUUAUGUCUAAGAUUUUUUGCCAAGUCUCUCUAAUCUGGACUGGAAGGAGGGGGAUCACAUGGGAGAGCAAAACCCAGAUUUCAGUAGUACUUCGAAAAAGGACACCUCGAAUGUCUGGGCUGUGCUCCCCAUCCUCCUGUCCCACAUAAACACUCCCCCUGCACCCCAGGCCCCUGGUCAUGAUUCAGUCUGUGGAUCCAGAAAGAUGAAGUGGUUGGAGCACUGGACAGAUGGAAUCGGGAGAAGAAAACCCAAGGCGCCCGCCUGUUAGACUCACCUGGAACACUGUGUCCCCUCACGCUUUAGCGUCCUCCUCUGGGAUGGCAGCACAGAACCUUGUGGCCAUUCCUUUUCCCCAUCAGGGAAGUGUCCUGCUAGGGCGCUGCAGCCCAAGUCCUUUUAUUCCCCAUCCCUCUCCCUUUUAUGUGGCUGACACUCCAGCCUGCACCCCUCUUGCCAGCCCUGGGGAUGGCAGGCCUGCUCCGGGGUGUACGGGAUGCCCUCCCGCUCCCCACCUGCCCUGCCUCCUAAGGCAUCAGGAUGUUUGCUGGUCUGCCCAGGGCAGCGCAGGCCUGGGCUGGGGCACCUGCGUUGGGGUAGUCCUACCUUUCCUAAUCCACUCAGGAGCCGGUCAGGCCCGCGCCCCAUGCUCUCUGUUCCUCGUACAGCGGGAACAGCACGUCUCUGUGCCUCGAGAGGGGCAGUGGGUCCCUUCUGAAGACCACAGGGGGCUGUUUGCCAUCUAGCAAUGGUGGGUCAAGCUAUUGCUGCCCUGAGGCGACAGACUGUUCUCUGCAGUCCUCAGCGAGACAGCGCCUUCCACUCCUGCUGGGGGAGCUGGGACCGUGGGGAGGGGACUAAGACGGUUGGCCCCACAUUCCGAAAAGCAAACACGCUCCGUUUCUGUCCUCCUGUGACCUCACUGGCCCUGGGCCCUCGCUGUAUCUGACAAGCUGAUGUAGCACCAGCCCCACUGAAGACAGGCGGGGCGGGGGGGGUGGGGUGUGGUGCUGUGGAAGAGUAGAGCCGGACUCCGUUCUGUUUUGGGUUGAAGCAAGUGAACGGUGCCAGCACUGUCCCGGGGCCAGUCGGGGUGGAGUGAGGGUGAGGGGGUAGAUGGAGGUGGUCGGUGGUACCCCGGACGGACAGGCAGCCUGCUCCGGGCCUGGUGCAGGACCGGGCCACACUGAGGUAAGGGGUUGCCAGCCCUCCAUCCGCGCUGGGGCUAAGGCAGUGCGCCCUGCCUUGUCGCGUGACCACUGUGCCUCGCCGUCCGUCUGCGUGCCCUUGUUCGUCCGCCGUACCCCGUGCUGGCUGCGCCCGACUUUCCUCUCCGCUUCCCAUCUUCCAUCCAUCCCUCUGCUUCAGCCCUGGCUGCCUCUCUCGCCACCCUCCCCCUUCCCAGGGCCUCGGAAAGGAGGCACACGGCCGCGAUUUGGAAGUCAGGAGUGGGGGCCCUGCUGCAGCAGGGCUCGGCGUCUUAAGGCUUGCGGCCUGGCCUCCGCCUUAACGGUGUCUCCCUCUGUUCUUGU